AUGGACGGUCAUAUCAACAUAGAUCAUCAUCAAUCAACGGUAACGGCGCAAGAUGCGGCAGAUGGUCGCGGAACGCGGAAACGCUGGCAAAAAAUGCCCACAGACGCUAACAGCUCUCCACAUCCGUCCUAUGGGACAACCGAUUCCAUCCCGCAAGUGACAAUACGUGAUACCAGUAGCCGUGGAAGAGCUGGUACAUCCAGGGGUCCGCCGGGGAACGUCGCCCGACAGCGGCAACAGGAACAGGAACAGGCAUUAAACGAAGAGGAAGGACUGAAAUAUGGUGCGCAGCAUGUGAUAAAACUGUUCGUACCGGUAACCCUCUGCAUGAUGGUCGUUGUGGCCACGAUUAGUUCGAUCAAUUUUUACACCAUCAAGGAUGUGUAUCUCGUUUACACACCGUUCCACGAACUAACGGAUGACACGGGCACCAAAAUAUGGAACGCACUAGCGAAUUCGUUGAUCCUGAUGACGGUGAUUGUAAUCAUGACGAUUCUGCUUAUCGUGCUGUACAAACACCGCUGCUACAAAGUCAUCCACGGUUGGCUGAUUCUGUCGUCCCUGUUGCUGCUGUUUCUGUUUAGUGGCCUUUACCUGUUUGAAAUUUUGCGAGCAUACAAUGUGCCGAUGGAUUGGUUUACGGCGGGGCUGCUGGUGUGGAAUUUUGGUGUGGUGGGCAUGAUCUCAAUCCACUGGCAGGGUCCGCUACGGCUGCAGCAGGGCUAUCUAAUUUUUGUCGCCGCCCUGAUGGCACUGGUAUUUAUCAAGUAUCUUCCAGAAUGGACCACAUGGGCUGUUCUAGCUGUGAUAUCAAUUUGGGAUCUUAUUGCCGUACUUACGCCGAAGGGACCGUUGCGUAUCUUGGUGGAAACGGCACAGGAGCGAAAUGAACAAAUCUUCCCUGCUCUCAUCUACUCAUCUACUAUCAUGUAUUCCUACCUCGGCACGCACACGGAUGGUUCAGAUGGUCCAGCGCCUUUGUCGGGUGAGCGGUCCAUAGGCACGGGUGGUGGCACCGCAGGAGGAAGCCGACAGGCAGGUGGAUAUGGAGCAGUCAGUAGCCACGUUCCGCCCCAAACCGGAGCAACCGUAGAAGGUAUGCCACUGGUUGCCUUUCGCAAUGAUAGAACGCAUGAUUUACCAAGGGAUCAAACAGCAGGUUUCACUCAAGAUUGGGCGUCAACGGCUAAUCAAAGAGUAACGCGGAGACAAAUUGAAGUGCAGGUCAAAGCUUCUUCGUUCCAUAUCUGCAGCAGCCUACAACUCGACGGUGCAGUCGACACAUCCGACGAGGAAGGCAGCGACAUCAGCGAUGACAACAUAGUCGAUGAUGAUGAUGAAGACUUGGACAAGGAGGAGGAGGACGAUUUGGAAGCGGAAGGUGGAGCAGAGGAAGAACCGCUCAAUAGCGAAGACGAUGUCACGGACGAAGAUGCGUCCGAUUUAUUCGAUACGGAUAACGUGGUUGUUUGUCAAUAUGAUAAGAUCACACGAUCUCGCAACAAGUGGAAGUUUUAUCUAAAGGACGGCAUCAUGCAUGUAGGUGGCAAAGAUUAUGUGUUUCAGAAAUCGAACGGGGAUGCAGAGUGUAUGGACGGUCAUAUCAACAUAGAUCAUCAUCAAUCAACGGUAACGGCGCAAGAUGCGGCAGAUGGUCGCGGAACGCGGAAACGCUGGCAAAAAAUGCCCACAGACGCUAACAGCUCUCCACAUCCGUCCUAUGGGACAACCGAUUCCAUCCCGCAAGUGACAAUACGUGAUACCAGUAGCCGUGGAAGAGCUGGUACAUCCAGGGGUCCGCCGGGGAACGUCGCCCGACAGCGGCAACAGGAACAGGAACAGGCAUUAAACGAAGAGGAAGGACUGAAAUAUGGUGCGCAGCAUGUGAUAAAACUGUUCGUACCGGUAACCCUCUGCAUGAUGGUCGUUGUGGCCACGAUUAGUUCGAUCAAUUUUUACACCAUCAAGGAUGUGUAUCUCGUUUACACACCGUUCCACGAACUAACGGAUGACACGGGCACCAAAAUAUGGAACGCACUAGCGAAUUCGUUGAUCCUGAUGACGGUGAUUGUAAUCAUGACGAUUCUGCUUAUCGUGCUGUACAAACACCGCUGCUACAAAGUCAUCCACGGUUGGCUGAUUCUGUCGUCCCUGUUGCUGCUGUUUCUGUUUAGUGGCCUUUACCUGUUUGAAAUUUUGCGAGCAUACAAUGUGCCGAUGGAUUGGUUUACGGCGGGGCUGCUGGUGUGGAAUUUUGGUGUGGUGGGCAUGAUCUCAAUCCACUGGCAGGGUCCGCUACGGCUGCAGCAGGGCUAUCUAAUUUUUGUCGCCGCCCUGAUGGCACUGGUAUUUAUCAAGUAUCUUCCAGAAUGGACCACAUGGGCUGUUCUAGCUGUGAUAUCAAUUUGGGAUCUUAUUGCCGUACUUACGCCGAAGGGACCGUUGCGUAUCUUGGUGGAAACGGCACAGGAGCGAAAUGAACAAAUCUUCCCUGCUCUCAUCUACUCAUCUACUAUCAUGUAUUCCUACCUCGGCACGCACACGGAUGGUUCAGAUGGUCCAGCGCCUUUGUCGGGUGAGCGGUCCAUAGGCACGGGUGGUGGCACCGCAGGAGGAAGCCGACAGGCAGGUGGAUAUGGAGCAGUCAGUAGCCACGUUCCGCCCCAAACCGGAGCAACCGUAGAAGGUAUGCCACUGGUUGCCUUUCGCAAUGAUAGAACGCAUGAUUUACCAAGGGAUCAAACAGCAGGUUUCACUCAAGAUUGGGCGUCAACGGCUAAUCAAAGAGUAACGCGGAGACAAAUUGAAGUGCAGGCCAACAUGGCCAACAAUCCGUCCCGGCCCGAGUACCGCACGGUCACAGCAGAGACAGCCCGUACUGCAGCGGAUCAGCCACAUGCGUUGUAUGAGCAAGCAGAAGAAAGAGGUAUUAAACUUGGGCUAGGAGACUUUAUUUUCUACUCUGUGUUGGUGGGCAAGGCGUCGAGCUACGGCGAUUGGAACACAACAAUAGCAUGCUUUGUGGCAAUUCUGGUGGGUCUCUGUCUAACGUUGCUGCUGUUGGCCAUCUUUCGCAAAGCGUUACCGGCGCUGCCGAUCUCCAUAUUCUUCGGACUUAUCUUCUGCUUCGUGACAAGCGUUAUCGUGAAACCGUUCACGGAAGCACUAACGCUGGAACAGGUGUUUAUUUAG